AUGUGCUAUCCAACACAGAAAAGAAAUAUAUGCUUUUUUUUCAAAAUUUUUUUUUUUACCCUUUUGGUUUGGAUACUAAAAUAUUCAAUUAAUAGCACUUGUGAAUUUUGCAGUAACAAAUAUAACUUAGGGACAACACUAGAUUUAAGGGUUAAAAGAAUCUUAUCAGAUUGUACUCAUCUAUUAAAGUCAAAUAAAAGUGAAUCAAAAGUAAAUUUAUUAGAUGAAGCGGAGAAAGAAAAUAUAGCAGAAAAAGAAGUGCAACAAAAAACAGCAAGAGAUAUUUUAUUAGCAAAAAAAGAGGAAAAAAUAGAUAUAUCCGAUCAAAGUAAAAAUGGAAAUACAACUAAUAAAAAGAAAGAAAUCUCAGAAUUGGCUUAUUCUAUUUGCUUGAAUGCUUAUUUUUGUUUUAUUGUGCCAAUACUUCUUUUUACAUUGACUAUUCUUAAAGAAACAAUUAAUAUUCCUUAUCUUUCUAAUGAGCUUUUGACUAACUUAUUUCUUAUGCAUAUUUCCGUUUUUCUUUCUAUUAUAUUUAUUUAUAUACAAUAA